AUGGUAGCAGCAGCCAGAAGCAGGCAGCAGCAGCCAUCAUAUGCCAGCAGCUGUCAGCAGCAGCCAGCAGCAGCCAGAGGCAGCCAGAAGCCGCCAGCAACAGCAAUCAGCAACCAUCAGCUGCCAACAGCAUCCAUCAUAUGCCAGCAGCUGCCAGCAGCAGCCAGCAGCAGCAGCCAGAACCAGCCAGCAGUAGCCAUCAUCAGCCAGAAGCAGCCAGCAGCAGCCAGCAGCAGCCAGCAACUGCCAGAAGCCACCAGCAACAGCAGCAGCCACCAGCAGCAGCCACCAGCAGCAGCCACCAGCAGCAGCCAUCAUCUGCCAGCAGCAGCUAGCAGCAGCCAGCAGCAGCCAGAGGCAGCCAGAAGCCGCCAGCAACAGCCAUCAGCAGCCAUCAGCAGCCAACAGCAGCCAUCAUAUGCCAUCAGCUGCCAGCAGCAGCCAGCAGCAGCAGCCAGAAGCAGCCAGCAGUAG